AUUAUUUAUAAAUUUAUAAUUAGUUAUAUGACAUUUAUUAAAAGUGAUGUUAUAAUACAGAAUUAUACACAUCUUUUAUAGCAUUGUAUGCAGAAACAUUAAAUGGCAACAGAAUUUCUAAUAACUAAAAGUAUUAUAUUUUAAUAUCACAAUGAAACCUAGCACAUCUAAACCUAGUAAACAUGGAUUAUCUAUAAUUGACAUGUUCUCUAAACAAAUUGCUAAGAGAAAACGAGCCAAUGCUGAUUCAGAUAAUGAAGAUAUGAAUAAAGAUGAUUUACUAAUUACAUCUGAACAAACUAAAGAAAAUAACAAUCCACAGAUAAACCAGCAAUUUCCAAAUGAACAUCAUGAAAAGAAAAUAAAAACUGAAGACAAUAUAAUAGUCUCAAAAUCUCAAAUUAGAAGACCAAAUAUUUUCCCUGGCAAAUGUGAAUAUUGCCGUCAAAAAUUAAAUGAUGAAAUAAGGUUUUAUCCUGGACAUCCAAAUGGUGCUGUAGAUGAAGAAAUUGCUUUGAUUGAUCCAAAGUUAUGUUUAUUUAAUGGAAAUGAAUCUUUUAUACAUGAAAGUGAUGAACAUCCUCAAAAUAAGUUAACUUAUUUUAGUGUCUAUGAUAAAAAUGGUCACUUAUGUCCUUUUGAUACUGGACUCAUAGAAAAAAAUGUACUGUUAUAUUUUUCUGGAUAUAUGAAAGCCAUUUAUGAGGAAGAUUCAUCCCCUGAGGGUGGAGUACCAACCAAAGAUAUGGGUCCAAUAAAUGAGUGGUAUGUGUCUGGUUUCGAUGGAGGAGAACUAGCUCUUAUAGGUUUUAAUACCGCAUUUGGUGAAUACAUUUUAAUGGAGCCAUCUGAAGCAUAUGCUCCUUUCAUGGAUGUGGUUAAAGAAAAAAUUUACAUGAGUAAAUUAGUUAUUGAAUUUCUAUUAGAUGAAAUUAGUCCCAGCUAUGAAGAUUUACUGAAUAGACUUCAAACUAUUGUACCACCUAAAGGCUUGACAAAAUUCACGGAGGAUUCUUUGUUGCGACAUGCACAGUUUAUAUGCGAUCAAGUAUUAUCAUUUGAUAAUUCUGCCAGUUCCAAUGAAACUCUCCUUAUUACAACUCCUUGUAUGCGUGCAUUAGCAAAUCUCGCAGGUGUUACAUUAGGAAAAAAAGCAGCUCUUCGGCGAACACAGCGACGUGAUCAGAAAAUUAAGAAACCCAUGUGGACAAAAGCAACAACAACCCAAUUAGUUAGCAAUAUGUUCGAAAAUAUUUUUGCUGAUCAGUUGAGUAAACAUGAUGAUAAAGUAUCAAUGGGACCCAAAAGACAAAGAUGUGGGAUAUGUGAAAAUUGUCAGCAACCGGAUUGCGGACUUUGUAGUCACUGUAAAGAUAUGAUCAAGUUUGGAGGAACAGGAAGAGGCAAGCAAGCUUGCAUUAAAAGAAAGUGUCCAAACAUGGCUAUUCAAGAAGCAGAUGAUUCUGAUCUAGAAAAUGACGAUGAAUAUGAAGCUUUAAUGGAAAACAAGAAAAUUGAAGAACUAGAACAUACGAAAAAAGAUUUUAAAGAGUUUAAGAAAGACGUUACAUGGGUGGAAGAUAAAAUUGCUGCCGAUAAUCAAAAAACGUUCUAUAAAUCUGUUAUGGUGGGCGAUGAGAGAAUAGAAAUAAAUGAUUGUGUCCUCGUAGAACCAAGGAAUCCAGCAAUACCAUUGCAUGUUGCUAAAAUUAUAUACAUGUGGGAGACCAAAAAUGGUCUGAAACAAUUUCAUGCAAAUUGGUUUCACAGAGGAACUGAUACUAUCCUUGGGGAAACAUCAGACCCUAUAGAAUUAUUUUUGAGUGAUGAUUGUGAUGAUGUCCCUUUUAAAUCUGUUAAGUCAAAAUGUACUGUCCAUUUUAAAAAGGCGCCAGAAAAUUGGGAUGAGAUAGGUAAUACAAACUUAAGUCUUGAAGAUGAAAUAAAAGAUGUAGACGGUAAAACAUUUUUUUAUCAAAAACGUUAUACACCUGAAACAGCCAGAUUUGAAGAUCCUUCACCGGAUCCAGAAUGUCUUCGCAAAGAGUAUAUUCACCGCUUUUGUCCCGCUUGUACUCGUUUGAGAGCAUUGCAGCAGUUUAAUAUGCCAAAGGUGUACGAAUUAAUAGAAGAAAAAAGUAGCAAAGAAGUUAUUUAUGGGGUAGUAAAGUAUAAAGGAGAAGAAUACAGAGUGGGUACAGCUGUAUUUUUACAACCGGAAGCUUAUAAAUUUAAGUAUAAAAUUGCGUAUCAAGACACAUCAAAGGCAAAAAAGAAAAAUGUUGAUGAAGACAUGUAUCCAGAAUUUUAUAGGAAGUCUUCUGAUCAUGUAAAAGGUUCAAAUUUAGACACUCCUAAACCCUUCUGUUUAGGGUAUAUAAAUGCAAUAUAUGCUAAUACAAAUGAUAUGAUAGUCUCACCUAUGGAUAUUAAUAUUAAAGUAAACAAGUUAUAUAGACCAGAAAACACACACAGAGAUAUUUCAUUAAUGGAACAAGCAGACUUAAAUAUGGUGUAUUGGAGCGAUGAAGUAUGUACAAUUAAAUUCACCGAAGUCGUUGGCAAAUGUUAUCUUACUUAUUCUGAGAAUUUAAAUGAAUCUAUUGAAGAAUGGACUGCUUCUGGACCAAAUCGAUUUUAUUUUAAUGAGGCUUAUAACGUACAAGAAAAAUCAUUUGAUGAACCACCAUAUCAUGCUAUCAGUAUUGGUAAAUCCGGUAAAAGUAAGGGUAACUUAAAGCUCAAAGGUAAAAAAACCGAGGAAAAUAAGAAAAAGAUAUUCGCUAAUCAACCAAUUGAGUAUAAGCCUAUAUCCAGAAAAUUAAAAACAUUAGAUGUGUUUGCUGGUUGUGGUGGAUUAUCUGAAGGUUUACAUCAAGCUGACAUAGCUGAAAAUCUUUGGGCCAUAGAAAAGGAAGAACCAGCUGCGUAUGCAUAUCGUUUAAAUUAUCCUAACGCAACAGUAUUUACGGAAGACUGUAAUAUAUUGCUGCAAAAAGUUAUGAAUGGCGAUGCAACUAACGAAAUUGGUCAAAAGCUUCCUCAAAAAGGUCAAGUGGAAUUGUUAUGUGGUGGUCCACCAUGUCAGGGUUUCAGUGGCAUGAAUCGCUUCAAUUCACGACAGUAUUCUUUAUUCAAAAACUCGCUAGUUGUUUCUUAUUUGUCAUAUUGUGAUUACUAUAGGCCUAAGUUUUUUAUCAUGGAAAAUGUCAGAAAUUUUGUAUCUUUCAAAAAAAGUAUGGUUUUGAAAUUGACAUUGAGAUGUCUAGUACGUAUGGGUUACCAAUGUACAUUUGGUAUUCUUCAAGCUGGAAACUAUGGUGUACCUCAAACUAGAAGAAGAAUGGUAAUUCUGGCUGCUGCACCUGGGCAAACUCUUCCAAAAUAUCCAGAACCUACGCAUGUAUUCAGUAAACGUGCCUGCCAGUUAAGUGUACUAGUAGAUAAUAAGAAGUAUAGUUCAAAUUGUAGCUGGAUAGAUUCUGCCCCAUAUAGAACGAUUACCGUGAAAGAUGCAAUGUUUGAUUUGCCAGAAAUUAAAAACGGAUGGAACAAAGAAGAAAUGCCAUACAAUAGUGAACCACUAUCACAUUUCCAAAGAAAAAUGAGAGGUAAACAGUAUCAACCUGUGUUGAGAGAUCAUAUAUGUAAAGAAAUGGCACCUUUAGUGGAAGGUAGAAUGGCCCAUAUCCCAAUAGCUAGCGGUUCAGAUUGGCGCGAUUUGCCAAAUAUUACCAUCCGAUUAAGCGAUGGCACUUACUCUAAAAAAUUGGAAUAUCCGUAUGAUGAUAAAAAGGCUGGGAAAAGUUCUACAGGAGCAUACCGUGGAGUGUGUAGUUGUUGUAAUGGGAAACCGUGUGAUCCUACAGAUAGACAGUUUAAUACUUUAAUUCCAUGGUGUUUACCGCACACCGGAAAUCGUCAUAAUCAUUGGUCGGGUUUGUAUGGAAGAUUAGAAUGGGAUGGAUUCUUUAGUACAACUAUUACAAAUCCAGAACCGAUGGGAAAACAGGGGCGCGUAUUACAUCCAGUAGAAACGCGAGUGGUUAGUGUACGAGAAUGUGCUAGAUCACAAGGAUUUCCUGAUUCUUUUCGUUUUUAUGGCAGUAUACUUGAUAAACAUCGUCAAGUUGGAAAUGCAGUCCCACCACCCCUUAGUGCAGCUAUUGGUUAUGAAAUAAGAAAAUGUAUAAAAUAUGAUGAAACAAAAAUUGAAACUGAUACAGAUACACAAUUAAAUAAUAAUAGUAUUAAACGUGAAAUAAGUAUUGGAAGUUUUAAAGAAGAUAAUAAUAAUUGUUCGGAAUACUCUUCUGAAAUAAAUAAUGAAAGUUCAGAAAUAAAAUUAAAACGAGACGAGGUACUAGAAAAAAUUGCAUGUGAUAGCGAUGAAAGUUGAGAUCUGUGUUUUAUUGGUAGUGCUGCAGUCAUAUGAAUAUAGUUUUUUUUUACUUUUGUCAUUAUGUCAAGGCAUUGAAUAUUGUGUACUAAAUGUAUAAGUAGCACAAAGUUUUUAAAGUUUUAUGUUAUUUAUUUUUGUUCUGGAAUAUAUUGUUGAUUUUAUUCUUUUUUUUUAA